GCAGCUGCUCUCAUUCACUCUGUUAUCAUCCUGCUGAUUCAUUCUGUAUUUACACAUUUCACCGGAUUCUAACACUUGAACUUUGGAGCCGCAGAAACGCUUCAUCAUGCUGAGAGGAAGUAACAGACAAAAUGCUGCAGCCUGAUUUCCUCAGUUUGAUCAGGAACAAUUCAAUCAGGCAGCAGCAGCUGAGAUAAAGAAGACAAAGCAGCUUUAGUUGAUGUGGGGGAAUGCAACUCUACACUCUGUUCCUCUGAGCGCUGUGGCUGCUCCUGCAGGAGGAGGGAGGGAGGGAGGGAGGGCUGAGAGCUGCUGGGGGAGUUUCUGUGUUUGUUGCCUGGCUGCAUGUGAGUGCUGAGGGGGCGGAGAGACUGAAACCCAGCCUGGACUCUGGUUCACAUCCUCUAGGUGUGGCUCUCCAGGCUCCUCAGAGAGAUCCAGGAACUACCGGCUGACAGAAGCCGCUCAGCCAGUUAGUCAGAGAGCAGAGAGAGGAGACAUGGCAGACACAGAGCAAGCUCCCCAGGCCCCCAGGAACCAGAACCAGAAGCAGCAGCAGCAGCCGUGUGGAGUCUGCUCAGGUGCUCUGAACGGGGACCAGCCUGCAGCAUGUGGACACCCUGUGUGUGUCUCCUGUCUCGGGGACAAGACUAAAGCGUGUCCCCAGUGUCUGCAGAGUCCUGACAAGCCUGAACCUGCUGAGCAGAACGGGAUCCAGAGCAAAGAGGAGCAGAGCCCGGACCCGAAGGCUGCAGAGGAGGUCAAGAUCCAGGAGGACCUGAAGGAGUCUGAGGACCCCAAGAAGCCCGAGGAGGAGGAGAAAGAGGGGCACACGAAGACAGACGGAGCCGGAGAGGAGGAGGCGAAGGAGGUGAAAGAGGAGCCUCUGGGCCCCGACGAUGUGGUGUGUGACUCCUGCAUCGAGAGCCCCUGCAGGGCCCUCAAGUCCUGCCUCACCUGCCUGGUGUCGUACUGCGAGGCCCACCUGCGGCCCCACCUGGAGAACCCCAAGUUCCAGAACCACCGGCUGGUGGAGCCGCUCCGGGACAUCGAGAGGAGGACCUGCGAGAGCCACAAGUGGCCCCUGGACCUGUUCUGCUGCGCCGACGCCUGCUGCGUCUGUCAGGACUGCGUGGCCGAGGAGCACAAGGGCCACAACACCGUCCCCGUGGAAACGGCCCGCACCACCAUAGAGAAAGAGCUGAAGGAGAAGCAGAGUGAGAUGGUGAAGACGGUGACGGCUGCAGAGAACGCCAUCAACAAACUGCAGCUCAACACAGUCACUAUCGAGCACUCUGUGACGGAGGUGCGGGCGGUAAUGGAGACCCAGUUCGAGGAGCUGCAGGCGGUGGUGGAGAAGGCGAAGCGGGAGGUGACGGAGAUCCUGGAGGGCGAGGAGAAGCAGGCGCUGAAGCAGGCCGAGGGCAUCCGGGUCCACCUGGAGCAGAGGUGCACCGAGCUGAAGAAGACUCAGGCACAGAUGGAGAAGCUCUCCAAGAACAAGAACGAUGUGGACUUCCUACAGGAGUACUCAGAGUGGAAGAAGGAAGCCCCUGAUGUGUCCCUGCCCGGGGUCUACAUCGGCCUAAUGGACCGCCUGAACUCCUUCAGCCGUGUGAUUGUGGACUCCACGCAGGAGCUGUGUGCCAUGAUCGUGUCCUCAUACAUCGACAAAGUUAAAGAGACUUGCAAGAACGACAAGAUGGGCAUAAAGACAACAGUUCAUGAAAUUAUUGCAGCCAAACAGAACAUGUCCAUCCCAGAUCCUGAGACACAUGAUGACUUCCUCAAGUACGCCGCCCACGUGAGUUUCGACGCGGACACGGCUCACAAGUUCCUGCGUCUGACGGAGGAGAACCGGAAGGUGACCAACACCACGCCCUGGCAGCACCCGUACCCCGACGUCCCGGAGCGAUUCGAGAACUGGCGUCAGGUCCUGGCCACGGAGAGCUUCUACCUGGGGCGCCACUACUUCGAGGCGGACAUCAGUGGCGAGGGAACGCACGUGGGUCUGACCUACAAGAGCAUCGACCGCAAGGGCAACGAGAGCAACAGCUGCAUCACCGGGAACAACUUCUCCUGGUGCCUGCAGUGGAACGGACGCACCUUCUCCGCCUGGCACAGCGACGUGGAGACGCCGCUCAACGUGGAGAAGUUCACUCGGAUCGGCGUCUACGUGGACUACGCCAGAGGACACCUGGCCUUCUACGGCGUGGACGGCACCAUGACGCUCAUCCACGAGUACAAGGCCGAUUUCCUGGAGCCCAUUUACCCGGCGUUCUGGUUGUCCAAGAAGGAGAACGUGGUGGUCCUGGUGGCUCCGGGGGAACCGCUGCGGCUGAAGAGCCCGUCCCCACCAACCUCGCCUUCUAGCGGAGCCAUCGUAUCAUAACGAUGUCAGAUUACUGGAGGAUUAGAGGGACAGUUCAGCUCAUGAAACAAAUGUUUUGUCUCUCACUAAUGGACUUAUUGUUAUCUGAACCUUUAAGGGAAACAUAUGGGAAGUCUUCCCUUGUUCAACCUGUUUACAGCAGCCGUUUAUUUUGUAGAACUCUGAUAAAUUGUGAAUGUUCUAUCUUGUGUAUAUUCGGGCUCCAGACAUAUUUAUACUCUUACUGUGCACCUUUGGGACUACUGUUACUUUCCAUCCCACUGUGAAUUCACUCUGGUCACUCGGUUCUAUAUUUUCUGAAUGCAAAUAAAAAAUUAUAUUAAUUUGCAAAAAAAAAAGAAUUGCCUGGUUUCCUUCACAGUUUGAGCUUACACAUUUCAUAUAGGCCUGUCACGAUUACACAUUUUUUAGGACGAUAUGUUUUCACAGAAACUAUUAUGAUAAAUGAUAGUAUUGUCGUAUCAAUGUUGUUUUAGUUUUAUAACCACAUUAGAGCAUAAUAAGUACAUACGAUAAACUUUAAUAAUCUUUCAUUCUGACUUUAAACUCAGAAUUCUGAAAAUAAAGUCAUAACUCAAAUAUUUUU